UCCCACACAAAUUGGGAAACCGAUAAAAUUGUGCAGAGCAAGGAUUUGGAUUUAAACAAAUUCACAAACCGACGCCGCCAUGGCAGCUUCAUAAGUUAGGGAUACGAUUCCGUUUCACAUUCUGUGCCGCUCCAGCUUCGCCCAUGGAGACUUCUCUCAGAUAUGCCGGCGACACCAGAGCCUUAAGAAUCCACGCCAAGGAGAAGAUUCCUCUCGACUCCAACAUUUUCUUGCAGGUACAUGGAGAGUUAGAUACAAGAGUUGGAGAACCGAGUCUGCUUGCUGCUUCCUUAAGGCAAUUUUACCCUGAUUUGUCAGCAAGCGCAAGUAUAGGAGUGCGGUAUGACAAGUAUGAGAAACUCCAUUAUCUUGGUCGUGGGAAAAUGUCUUUUCCAGUGACAACUGAUGGUCUGUUAAGGUUUACCAUCAAAGGACAAUCUUAUCUUGACAAAGAAUUCAAGGAGACUAAGUUCAAGGGAGCUGCUGAAUUUUCUUUGGGCAUACUUAAUUUCCAGAAGGCACAAGACGUAAGAGUCAAAUUGGGAUAUGAAGUGUCAGACAAGGUACCAUACCUGCAGAUCAGGGAGAACAAUUGGACACUAAAUGCAAACGUUAAUGGUAGAUGGAAUGUGAGAUUCGACCUGUGAGAAACAGAAGUAAGAAAUUUUCUCCUUCAUAGUAGUUUCAGCUGCAGAAUUCUUAUCUAAGUUAUGUUUCUACCAUUAUAUCCACUGUUCCUGACCUUGUAUCGACAAUUUUUUWUUUUUAUUUUAUGAAAUGAUACAUUUUGUGGAUCGAUUUUAAUAAACUUGUAUGGACAUCAGCAAUCUGGUAGUGUUUCCCUUGAA